CCAGUCUCCAACGAGGUGCCGGAGCACCCGUGCGUGUCGCCCGUGUCCAACCACGUGUACGAGCGGCGGCUGAUCGAGAAGUACAUCGCCGAGAACGGCACCGACCCCGUCAACAACCAGCCCCUGGCCGAGGAGCAGCUCAUCGACAUCAAAGUUGCCCACCCGAUCCGCCCCAAGCCUCCCUCGGCCACCAGCAUCCCGGCCAUCCUGAAGGCGCUGCAGGACGAGUGGGACGCCGUGAUGCUGCACAGCUUCACGCUGCGGCAGCAGCUGCAGACCACGCGCCAGGAGCUGUCCCACGCGCUGUACCAGCACGACGCCGCCUGCCGCGUCAUCGCCCGCCUCACCAAGGAGGUCACGGCCGCCCGGGAAGCUCUGGCCACCCUGAAGCCCCAGGCCGGGCUCAUCGUGCCCCAGGCAGUGCCGUCGGCGCAGCCCAACGUGGCGGGCGCCGGGGAGGCCAUGGAUUUGGGAGAGCUGGCGGGAAUGACCCCGGAGAUCAUCCAGAAGCUCCAAGACAAGGCCACGGUGCUGACCACGGAGCGUAAGAAGAGGGGCAAGACCGUCCCCGAGGAGCGUGAAGCCGGAGGAGCUCAGCAAGUACCGGCAGGUCGCCUCCCACGUGGUGAGUGCCAGGAUGGGAAAAGUGUUUUCCUGCUUGUGGUAUUUAAUCUGGGGGUCUCCUGCCUCGCACAGGGGCUGCACAGCGCCAGCAUCCCAGGAAUUCUGGCCUUGGAUCUGUGUCCUUCCGACACCAACAAGAUCCUCACCGGUGGGGCGGAUAAAAACGUCAUCGUGUUCGACAAGAGCUCGGAGCAGAUCCUGGCCACGCUCAAGGGACACACCAAGAAGGUCACCAGCGUCGUCUUCCACCCAUCCCAGGAGUUGGUCUUCUCGGCUUCUCCCGACGCCACGAUCCGGAUCUGGUCCGUUCCCAACGCCUCCUGUGUCCAGGUGGUCCGUGCCCACGAGGGCUCCGUGACCGGGCUCAGCCUCCACGCCACCGGAGAUUACCUGCUCAGCUCCUCAGAUGACCAGUACUGGGCUUUCUCGGAUAUCCAGACGGGCCGUGUCCUCACCAAGGUGACGGAUGAGAGCUCCGGCUGUGCUCUCACCUGUGCCCAGUUCCACCCGGACGGGCUCAUUUUUGGGACGGGAACGAUGGAUUCGCAAAUCAAGAUCUGGGAUCUGAAGGAACGCACCAACGUGGCCAACUUCCCGGGGCACUCCGGGCCCAUCACCAGCAUCGCCUUCUCCGAGAACGGAUAUUACCUGGCCACGGCCGCCGACGACUCCUCCGUCAAACUCUGGGAUCUGCGGAAGCUCAAGAACUUCAAGACGCUGCAGCUGGACAACAACUUCGAGGUGAAAUCCCUGAUUUUCGACCAGAGCGGGACCUACCUGGCGCUGGGCGGGACCGACGUCCAGAUCUACAUCUGCAAGCAGUGGACGGAGAUCCUGCACUUCACAGAGCACAGUGGCCUGACCACGGGAGUGGCCUUUGGCCACCACGCCAAGUUCAUCGCGUCCACGGGGAUGGACCGGAGCCUCAAGUUCUACAGCCUGUAAUCCCGGGAUCCUGCCGGGAUUGGGGGUGGGAGGGGGGUGGGAAUAUCCGUGUGGGAUUAUCCGAGUGGGAAUACCCCGGUGGGAUUAUCGAGCUCCCCUGUCGUAGCUGUUAGUGCAAGGGGGAAGUCGGGCGUCGUCUUCCCCGCACUCCGUGAAUUUGCUGUUUAGGUUUUUUUUUUUGCCCCCCCUAAUUCGUUGUGUUUUCCACCUUUAGAAUUGUUUUGUGCUUGUAACUGAUGUGAACCCCCCACCCCCUCCCCAGUCCUUGCGCUCCUGGAAUUUGGAGGCUGGGAUGUGUGGAGGGAGGGAAGGAACGUGCAGAUUUUUGUAUGCAGUUACUUAGUUUCGGUAUGGAAAUAAAGGAUUCUUCCCUGU